GAGAUCGACUAAAAUCUGAAAUUGCGUAUCAUAUAUAUUGUAGAUUAGUUGAAAGGAGAACAAGUCUUGCUUAUUUGCUCCCAGCUAGAAACCUGAUACAGAGAAAAUUGUGCUAUCGAUUCUCUGCUCUGGUAUCAUAAGAAACAGAUUUAAUAAUACAAAGCUUAUCGCAACAGAUAAUUGGUUUCUUUUCAGUUACGACCAAUCACUUAGGGGCACUUCACUAAUCGUGUGUGAUGCGAUGACGAUAAGAAAAAAAAGAGGAUAAGAAAGAGAAAGCAAUUGGGAGAUGGUGUCCGCAGAGUGCGUCCAAGCGACUAGCAUUACGCGCCUUUACCGACUUAGCGCUCACUAUACCUACGUUUGAAAGAAAACUCUCUACUUGAGAUUUGCACCCGCGGUUACUGACUUGGCAAUCGCGGCUCUUACCGGCCCGGCUACUUAGGCGGAUGAUCUUAAAAUUUGCUUAAAAAAUUAAUCUAAUUGAUUUAGUGAUUAGAAUUCGUAAAUAAUAUGAGAAUAUUUAUAUUCCUACAAAGAGUAGUUAUUCCCCCACGGAAGUAAUGGCAAUUGCAUAGGUGCAACCCUAAACUACAAGACAUCACGAAAGUCGUCAAAAUACUCUUCCUUCAAACAAAUUAAACAAUCUGAAUUUUAUAUUAAACGUGAAAAUUAGAAAGGUGAAGAAAAAGAUUAAUUGAAAAUCGAAAAGUGCGACAAGAAGUCUUAGUUUGAAAUUAAUCACCAUGUACUGUACACACAGUGGUGAUCUCGUCAAUUUGAAUGUAGGAGGACAGAGGUUUUCAACAUCACGGCAAACGCUUACGUGGAUACCAGAUACAUUUUUUACAGCUUUACUAAGUGGUCGUAUAUCGAGUUUAAAAGAUGAAACUGGUGCAAUAUUCAUUGAUAGAGAUCCAACAUUAUUUUCACGUAUUCUGAAUUAUUUACGCACUAAAGAGAUUGAUAUUAAGAACUGUGAAAUACGAUCCUUGCGCCAUGAGUCGGAAUACUAUGGUCUAACUCCGCUGGUGAAACGUUUAGCUUUGUGUGAGGAUUUAAAUCAUUCAUCCUGUGGUGAUGUAUUGUUUUAUGGCUUUCUACCCGUUGCUCCCAUACCACCGAACGAAAAUAUGGUAAUAAAUCAGAAUACGUCAGCUAGUUCGGAAGCAACUGGUAAUCUGCCUCAACCAUCAGUCAGCAAUUAUAUAAAUGCUUCUGCGGCUGUCUCAGUAGCUUCGGAGAUAUGCGUGCCUUCAACGUCGUCUGCGUCGGCAUCGAAUGGAUCGAAUGCCCGUCCUGGUUCUAUGGUACGCGUACCAGAACCUUCAAAUAUUUCGAAUCGGCAUUCCUCGCAUUCGCGCAAUUCUUCGUGGGACUUACGUUUGGGUCGUGGUAAUUCCGCUACUCAGGACAACCGUUGCUGGUCUAACAAUCGUGGGGAACACUCACGAAACCCUUCCUUAGAUUUUGUACGACAUUCGCGUAAUUCGUCAGCCGAUUUGAAUAAACUUAUACGUAAUGAUAUCGGUUUGGUAUUUUCGCCUACGUUAAACUUCAAUUGGGUCGAUCCGCUAAGAGUGCAGAUAAUUAAAGCCCAUCAGAAUUGGUUUGCAGUGGCUUAUGCACAUUUUGUUGCCUGUUAUCGUGUCAAAGAUUCCAGUGGUUGGCAAUUAGUGUUUACAUCGCCGUACAUAGAUGCCACUAUCGAGCGAAUUGCAAUUAACUCCAAGGUAAACAUGUCUACGGCUGAGCCAAUACCAAGCAAAAUGGUUGCUAUUUCAUACGGAAGUCAAAUACGAUUGUGGAGCAUUCAUGAGGGGGGCAAUAAAACCGAUAUCGGAAUUUUUAAUCUAAAUGUACGAGUAGAGUUUUUAUUUUUUAUAGGGAGCCAGUUAGUGGCAUUAUCAUCUUCUGGUAAAAUCGGCGUUUGGCAUGCGAUGACACAGCAUUGGCAAAUCCAAGAUUUGGUACCAGUCUUAUCCUUUGAUUCAGCUGGUUCGUUUCUGUUGCUGGGAUGCAACAACGGUUGCAUUUACUAUAUUGAUAUGCAAAAAUUUCCCCUACGCAUGAAAGAUAAUGAUUUACUCGUCACCGAAUUGUAUAAAGAUCCCAAUUUGGAUCCAAUUACUGCUAUAUCCGUGUAUCUAACACCCAAGACAUCAAGUAUUUGUGGCAACUGGAUUGAAAUAGCAUAUGGCACCAAAAGUGGUAUUAUACGUAUCAUUGUACAACAUCCCGAAACGGCUGGACAUGGCCCGCAUCUUUUUGAGACUUUCACGGUACAUCAGAGUCCCGUCACCAAAGUGAUGUUGUCUGAGAAAUAUUUGGUUUCGGUAUGUAACGAAUAUCAUCAUGUACGCACUUGGAGUCUUACGCGAUUUCGAGGAAUGUUGUCAACACAACCGGGCUCCACGCCUGAGGCCUCUUUUAAAAUUGUAUCAUUGGAGGCGACCGAUUCGAAUUACAGCUAUGCAGCUGGUAAUGAUUUCGGUCCAUAUGGUGACUAUGACGAGCAAAUAUUUGUACAAAAAGUAGUUCCGGAAACGGAUCAACUAUAUGUACGUUUGGCUUCAAACGGUGAUCGGGUUUGUGUAAUUAAAUCUGUAGAUGGUUCCUCUAUUACUUCCUUUUGCGUGCAUGAAUGUGAAGUGUCAUCGCGAAUGGGAUCACGUUUUAUAUUGACCGGACAUUGCAACGGCAAUAUUCAAAUGUGGGAUUUAACCACUGCAUUAGCUUUGUUUCCCAAAAAGGAAGAAAAUCAUACGCAGAAAAUCAAUGGGGGACCCGACACCAACGAGUUACUCCGUCUACUUGACCAAUGUGAAAUCAGUAAUAGCCUUUGCUCAACGCCUUGUAUGUCACCAUGUUUUUCAGCUCUGGGAAAUAUGGCAAACACAACAAUAGCUCGUAUGAAAGCCAGUAAUUUAGCUUUGUUAAAUCAAUCGUUUCAGCAAAAUUCUCCAUCGUUAUUAUCUCAAUAUCAGCAGCCGCCAUCAAGCAAUCCUAUCCAUCAUCGUGGUUUCGGUGGUAAUAUCAGUGAAUGAAACGUGCUAGCAGAUCUCUUCAAUGACCUUAGUAGGCUGCGUUGUUUCACUUAUCUUUUACCAAUAAUAUUUGCACCAAAUCGUUACAUAUCAACACAUAAUGUGUUUUGUUCUACAUCAUCUCUAGCAACGACAACAUUCGAGAACAAUACCACCAAUCCAAGCAAAUCUUAGAAAGAUGCAUGAAAAUGCAUGUCACACACGCAUAUAUGCGUUCAAGUUUUUAGAUCAAUUUUUCGAACUUUACACUUGACUAUACUUAUUAAAUCUGCAUAAAUGAACUUUUUAGUCUCAUACAUAUAUAUAGGCGAUUUAAGUAUAUGCAAUUAGGCAAUACAGAUUGAUACAGAAUGCCCGUUAGUGAUAUUUGAUCGAAGUAGAUGUAAAAAGUGUCAUAUAGCUAUGAAAUUCUGUUGACUCAUCAGUAAUGUAUGUUCCAAUUCGGUAUAUGAAUGUAAGAAGAACGGAUGUCCCCAUGUAUUUCAUCGAAUGAUAAUAAUAAUGAAAAGUAAUCUACCACAUAAAAUAAGUUUUUUGUACGCCUACAUAAUAUUAAUAAUAAGUACAGCAAUGCACUAAAUGUAAAAUUCUUAAUUGAAGUCUAGAAAGCCCAGGGCACUAAGCAUAUACUCUUAACAAAGUCAACCUUUGCCCCACUUUAUGUAAGAGAGAGAUUUUCAAAUAUCUUAAGCUAUAUAACUUAUUAUUUUCUAUGUAUUAUUGAAAGCAGAUGGAUUCGACAAUGAGAUUUCGGGAACAUUUUGUCGUGUUUGGUUUAACAAAAAGUAAAAGCAGUUUUAUCUAUUGUAUGAUCUAAAUAAUAAGCAAGAGAUUGGGAAGAAUUGGCUUGUAAAGGUGUAAGGAACAGCAGUACAAUAACACUUUAGGAGGCAUUCAUUAUUGGCCAUGGGAGAAAUGUUCCCCAGCCUUCGUGUAUUCACUCCGAUAGAACUUAGUUCCCGCCGAUAUGCAAAGAGCCAUUGAACUAGGAAAGUUUUGAUUUGCUCUACCAACAAAUUUGAUUUUACAAACAAGUAUACAAAACGUCUGUUUUCAAAAAAAAAAAAAUUUUGAAUCAUAACCUAUAACCGAAAUAUCUAUAAAAAUUUUCAGCUCUAGCUAGAAAAAAUUGUCUUACACACCUUUAAUUUUACAUAAUCGAUUUUCAUUUGGUUUUUAGAUUUUUCCAAAAAAAUAAACUGAUCGAUAGGAAAAAUUCAGGUAGAAAUUAAAAUAAUUUUUAAGAAUAAUGUGUUGCGAGAAAUACUUUUUUUUAUGUUUUUCGAAAUGUUUUUUGUGAAAGAAUGUGAAAGAAAUGUAACGAAAGCUCGGUUGCCUCGUUUCCAAAGAAUUGAAAAGAAAAAAAAAAACUUUAAAAAAACGAAAUAUUUGUAAUAAAUAAUACAAAAGUUAUGAAAAUAUAUUUCUGUAUAUACACUUUAUGCGCUUAAACUAUAUUUUCGUUGCGCUGCAAAUACUGUUUCUUUUUUUUUUGUCUUUUUUUUUAUUAGAACUUAGAUAGCGAAUAUAUAUAUUUACUAUAGAGAUAAUUUAUAUACAACAUUUAAAGUAUUGAAUUGCAGCGAUGGAUGUGACAAUCUUAAAAUGAAAUAAACAUAUUGCUAAGCAAAAAAAGCCUUAAUUUAUCUAC